AUAUUCCGUUUUGGUCAGCGAGUGCCCUUUGAGCUCAGGCAGAAGCAAUCAAACAUCGAGCAGCCUUCGAUGCUAACAGGAAGAUGGCAUCCACGGACCAGUCAGAUUCACCAACAAAGGCUGGCCUUCCUCCUCGAAACGAUGCACCAGCUCCCCCCAGAGAAGCACUGGUUUCUACAGCUGUAAAAUUUCUUCAAAAUCCCAAAGUACAUCAGAGUCCCUUGGCCACUCGAAAAGCCUUCCUAAAGAAAAAAGGCUUGACGGAUGAGGAGGUUGAGUUGGCCAUUCGGCGUUCGGGCAGCGCAGAAGAGGUCGUGCCUUUGAGAGCUGUAGGCCUACCGCAACCUCCUGACUCUCCUCACUUCGCUGCUGUUCCACACAGUCCAAAAGGCUACAGAUGGAGAGACUAUGGUGCCUUUACCAUCAUGAUGGUGGGCAUCGCCUACAGCUGUCAUCAACUUUACAAGAAAUACAUCCUUCCCCUCAUUAUGGACAGUCGAGAGGACAAGAAGCAUCUGCAGAAGAUGGAGAGCAACAUCGCGGCAAUGAGUGGCACGCUGACACAGACAGUUGGACAGCUACAGCAGACCAUGACUUCUCUCCAGGAGCUCCUUGUCCAACAGCAGCAGAAAAUCCAGGAGCUCUCCCAGGAAAUGACUGCAGCGGAGGCGGCGUCUGCAACCAGUCGCAUCCUGGACAACCAAACGGUUGGAGAGCUGAAAGGCGAGAUAGUCUCUUUGAAGGGUUUACUGCUCAGCAGGAAACAAUUUCCUUCCACUCCUUCCAUUUCGAAGAUCCCCUCAUGGCAGAUCCCCUUGAAGGGGCCCUCGGCAUCCAACUCCCAGUCGGUCAACCACAGCAGCAGCGACAUUUCUCCCGUCAGUAUCGAGUCAUCCAACUCCUCCCCUGUGAAAGACGGACGCCUCAGCCAGCGGGAUUCGCUGGGCGCGGCACUCGGCGUCAACGGUGAUGUCGCGGGCCUGGCCGCGGCGCUGCCCUCGGGGUUGCAAGACCAAGUACGCACCGAGGUGCGAGGAGAUGAGGAAGAGAAUGACGGCGCUCGCCAGGAGAAGGCGGACGGCGGAAGCAUGCAAACUGAGGAUCGUCAAGGUGGAGAUGGGGAGAUGCACAAACAAGAGGACAAACUGAGACGGCCAGAGGAUGCUGGCAACGAAAGUCAGCUCGAGACGGGUCCAUGAGUGAAAAGACAGGAUAAAUCUCGGCUCUCGCGCCACCUUCCUCUCCCAUCGCAAGGCCUUGAUAGGAACACACCAAGGUGGAGGGAGGGAGACAUCACACGUGUGACAGUAGUUCUGACAAACCAACCACUGUAUGUUUGCAUCAUCUCGCUCUGUACCUAAAGCUUAUUAGAAAACUGAAAAAGUCACACUGUCAUGUAAGUAAAUUCAUGAAAUUUCGAGUCAUUCAUAUGUUUGAAGGCUAUCUAAUCAUAAAAAUGGUUUUCCUUGAUA